CCUCGUUCCCCCAGCAGCGACCGAAGGAUCCAGGAGAUGUCGACCCUCGUCAUCACGGUGGAGGCGCUUGAGGCCGCAAUUGCCGCUCUCUACGGCCAGAGAGGUCCAGACGAGCAGCGCAAUGCUAACGAGUACCUCUUGGCCGUCGCCGACAGCAGCUCGGCGUGGCCCGUGGGUCUCACGCUCCUUGCUCAAGCGCCAUCGAACCCGUCCAUGGACCCAACCCCGAUCCAGUACUUUGCCGCCAACAUGAUCUACUCCAAGUUGCGGAAAGAGUACGUGACGCUGGCAGUCGCCGACCAGCAGCAGAUCCAGGCGCAGCUCGAAGCUAUCUUGCAUCAAGUCCGCGCCGGCCAGCUCACGUUUGCACCGCUCGUUUCGCAGCGCGUGUGCAUGGCAAUCGCGUUCAUCUACCUCUGCGUGGACGGCGGCUGCGCGCGCUGCGUCGAGGACUGCGUCGCGUCGUCGAGUACAGCGAGCCCGCUGGUCAUCGUCAUGGCGCUGGAGCUCCUCACGAGCCUCUGCGACGAGAACACGGACGCGUACCUCCCCAUGGCGCGCAAGGACAGCGUUGUGCUCGAGAUCACGGAGAUCAGCCCCACGGUCUUCGAGUUUCUCAGCCACGUCUUCCGCCAAGCGAGCGGCGCUGCCGACAUUCGGUACGCAGCGCUGCUCUGUCUCAAGGCGUGGAUCAAGGGCGCGGGUCUCUCGAUCGCCAAGCUCUACGCGACGAUGCGUCAUGUCUUUGACUCGCUCCUCGGCGCACUCUGCGUCGUCUCGGCCGAUGCGGUCGUGACGCGCGAGGUGGUCGUGUGCGCGUCGAUCCUCGGCAAUGCCCUCCAAGUCGAAGAGUACCCACCGGCGGCGGCAAAGGAAGCCGCGAUGCUGGCGCUGACGCAAGGUCUUCUCGAGAGCGAGGCAGGCAUCCAACACUAUUUACGCGCGGACGAAAAUGUCGCACUGGCUUUGACGACGCUCGUUGCUUCGUUUGGCGAGUCGGAGCUCGAGUGGCUCAUCGCAGGCAGCCCCGAAGCGCUGGCGCUUGCCGAGCUCAUGCUGGCCAUGACGGCGCAGCCCAACCGCCAGAUUGCGUCGUUGAUGCUCGACGUCUGGCUCAUGAUCCAAGACGAGCCCGUCGCGGACCGCCACGAAGUGUUUCGGGACGCCUUCUUUCGCCGGCUCUUGCACGUGCUCUUGCUCCAGUGCGCGCCGACGGCCGAGGACGAAGAUGACGACGACGCGUUCCAAGCCUUCCGCUCCACGGUCGUCGACGUCGUUCUCUCGGUGCACGCGCUCCUCAAGGACGAGUUUCUCCAGUACAUUGCGCACGUCGUGCAGACGCAAACGGCCAACAUUGGGCAUCUCGAUGCUGCGCUCUUCCUCCUCUCGACGAUCACGGUCGACCUCAAGCCACGGCUGCCGACGCCGGAUGCGAUUCUCACGUCGCUCUGCUCCGACUACAUCUUUGGACACGCGUCGUUCUCGAGUGCGCCAUCGGUCAUCCAAGCCUCGUCGGUGCUGCUCGGCCAGCUCCACGGAUGGCUCGCGCUGCCCCACAACUCGGCACUGUUGGCGACAAGCGUACGCUACCUCGCAUCCGCAGUCGGUCCGUCGCCCAAGCAAGCGUGCAAGAGCUUGCUCCAGCUUUCUUGCGCAGCAACCGACACGUUGACGACGAUGGCCGACCUCAUUUCGCUCGUCAUUCGCACCAUGCACGAACAACCGUUGGAGCUCCCGGAGCGGCUGCUGCUGAUCGAAGCGAUUGUUCGCGUGGCGACCGCCGCGCCUUGGUGCAUGGAGGCUCUCACGUUCCUCGCGGGCCCCAUUCUGAGCCGCUUGCAAGAGGCAACGCAGCACGAAGUGUCACCGGCGCUCGUCGCGACGGAGCUGGCGUGUCUCACGACGCUGUUGCGCUUUGCGGACGCACCGACAGCCGCGGCCGGUGGCGCUGACGCUACGAACGCACUUCUCCGACUGCUCUGGCCCGUCCUGACGCCGGUUGCGGCGCGGUACGGCUCGUCCGAGACCGCGAUGGACGCGCUUCUCGAGCUCGUCGCGGCGAUCCUCAAGGCCAAGCGGGACGACAUUGAGGCGUUUGGCGCGUCGCCAGAGGUCGCUGCCGUCCUCGAAAUGGUCGUCGCCCUCUUUGUGCAGUUCGCAUACGCAUCCAGCUUUGGGCCGAUCACGGUCGCGAUCGAGGUCUUCGGCCCGCGGGGGGUCCCGCCGGCCCUUCGCCUUGCGUUCCUCGCGCUCUCGCAGCGAACGUUCGAGGUCGUCAAAGUCACGACGCCGUCCGAGGUCCCCGAUACGAUCCGCGGCUUCUUUGACCUUGUCCAACGCUGCGUCAUGUUUUGCCCGGGUCUCCUCUUUGAGCGCGAGUUUGGCGCGACGCUGCAGCUCGCGCAGAUGGCGCUGGCGCGGCUUGGGAGCCACCGCGAAGGUCUUCGGUCUGUCAUUUUCUAUGUCAACUAUGUCGUCACAAAGCGCGAAUCGAGCUUGAUGGAGCACAAGGACACGAUCGACGGUGUGCUCGGGAGUCUCAAAGACGCUCUGUGCCUUGCGAUCGUGGAUUUGCUUGCUGCCGGGAGCCCCACGACGCUCUACGCGCCGCUGUCGUCGCUCUGGUUUCACUUUCUCACCGCGUACGGGGCGCUCGUCUACCCCGCUGUCGAGCAAGCGCUGCUGCAGUCGGACGCCACGACCGUGCUCAGCCUCGAAGACAAGAACCGAGUGUUUACCGCUUGGACAUCGCUGAGCGACAACUACCAAGAGCGCCGGUUCAACGCCGUGUGCCUGGACGUGGCCAAGGUUUGCCGCCGAGAAAUGACGGCCGACGUUCUCGCCGAGUACGACGUCUAG